CUCUCCCCGUCCUGCUGACUGUCUGCCUGCCUGGGGAUCCUCCUUCUGCUGCUUGUCACUCGACUUUCCCCUGCUUCCUUCCCUCGUCCCCCCUCCCCCCCGCCCAGCGUGACUUUGCCAUGUCUCUCAUCGACUCCCUCGCCCUGGCGGCAGGGACCUCGCCGGAUGGCAUCAAGUUGCUGCUCGGCAUCUUGGCUGGUUACCCAAUCUCCCUUGUAUUCAAGAUCUUCAUCCUGCAGCCCAACGUCCCUGUGAUGUUCCGGCACCUUUUCUCGGCCUUGAUGGGCAUCUCGGUGGCCCUCUUCUGCUAUGGCCGGGACAUUGUCUUUUCUUUGGCCGCCAUCCUGGCCACAUACCUCUGUGUGCGCUUGCUUCCCCGGCCGGCGAUCAUGUAUGCCACGUGGCUGCUCAACUUCGGGUCGCUCCUCCUGGCCUACUUCCUUGUGUCGUCAGCCACGGCCUAUGACAUCGACUGGACCAUGGCCCAGUGUGUCCUCUGCUUGCGCAUGAUCGCCUUCGCCUAUGACCGAUGCGAUGCACUUGACGAGCCGAACCCCGAGCGCCGAGGGCGCCAUCAGCGCAAGGCCGCCAUCGACCGGUGCCCCAACGUCCUGGAGUACUUGGGCUUCGCAUACCACUGGUCGGGUUUCCUCGUUGGACCGCAGUAUGGCUACAACACUUAUAACACCAUGAUGUCCGGGCCGCUUCACCCCACUCUCCCCCUCCAGUGGAAGCUCGGAGCCAUGUACUUCCUCAUGGGAACCGGGUACAUGGGACUCAAUGCCUUCAUCGGCGGGCGCUUCCCGACGGCCGACCUGGACUCCGAGCGCUUCCUCUACCAGACGCCCUGGUUUGGACGCCUCCUCUUUUCUUGGGUGUCCAUUCGCGGCCUGCUGUGUCGGUACGCGGGAACCUGGUGCCUGACGCAUGGGGCUGUGGUCCUCUGUGGCCUGGGGGCUGAGGCACGCCCAACGGAUGUUGCCAUCCAGCCGGACCAGCCGCCUCAGCCCACCGGCCUGCUGGUCGGGCCACUCCCCUCGGAGGGCGGCCGGAGCCAGGUGUACUUCAAUACCCUGCUUAAUUUCAACCCCUGGCGCUUUGAGACGGCCACCUGCAUCGACCACUAUGUGCACUCCUUCAACAUCAACACCAAUGCCUGGGUUAAGGAGUACGUGUACAAGCGUCUGCGCUUCCUCGGGAACCGAAAUCUCAGUCUCCUGGGCACGCUCUUUUUCCUUGCCCUGUGGCACGGUUUUGCCCCGGGCUACUUCUCCACCUUCUUCCUGGAGUUCGUGGACCAGCUGGCCGAGCCGGUACUGGCGGCCCUGGCGGCCCCGGUGUUUGUCCACCUCCCCGGUGUGGUGGUCUCGGCGGUGCGCUUCAUCGUGGCCGACAUCACCAUCACCUAUGCCCUGGUGGGGUUCAUGCUCAAGUCCACGGCCGCCUGUCACCGGGCCUACUGGGCUCUGGGCUACUUCGGCCACCUGGUCCCGGUGGUGGCCAUCCUCGGCAGCGCGGUCCUCCGGGGCCGGGCUCCACGCAAGGCCACCGGAGCCGGGGUUGUGCCUGACCCGGCCAAGGUGUCCACGGUCUCCGCGGUCUCGGCUUCGGCCUCGGACAGCACCAAGCACGACUGAGACGGGGCCGGAGCUGGCUCCCCCCCCCCCC